CCCCCCCGUCUUCUUCCUCCCACCCCACAUUUGACAUUUCCCAUCUGCUCCUCCUCCUCCAGCCGCGCCCCCGAUCCCAGUUGCGUCCUCAGCGGAUUCCACUCCAUUCGAUUCUCCCGAGGAGCAAAUUGCCUCCCGAGAUCUUCAUCUCGCUUCGGAUUCCUCUCGCUUAAUUGGUUCCGGAGCUAGGCAAGAAGCGAAAGAGGAGGAAAAUGUGCCCGCUGAGGGUGAUACUCAUCUUCCUCUCCGCCACCGUCGCCGGAUUCUUCCUCCUCCGGGGCCUCAACGCCGACCCCGACUGUUUCCAAGACGGCGACGACGGCUCGGAAUCUCCCAGGGCCGCCGUUCCCCUCCAUUCCAAGGUUGGUUCAGCUGUGAAAACCGGGUUCUGGACAACGGUAGACAUGGCGAGCGGGCGGUACCUUUGGCGGACCCUUGUUGCGCCACCAGCGAAUUCUGAAUCCGACAAGGCCUGGUGACGACGAACUUCAUGUUGUCUGUUUGACAUUUGUGUAAUGCGGGAGACAAGGGAUGUGAUGUGCGAUACGGCGGUGAUUGUAAAUAUGGGUUUUCUUUGUUUAAGCAAAUGUGCAAAUUGUUCAUGUUUGAGCCUUGUGUUAUAUGCCAGGACUGGAUUAUUUUGUUUGAGCCUUGUGUUUUUGAGUUUUGACAAGUGGGGGCAGUGCUGGAAGUAUGGAUUUUGGACUAAGUUUGUUUCAUCUUUGUUUGGUUUCGAUUGGUUGAAGCAUACAAGAAAUGCCAGAAAUGGGGAUUUGAUUA